AUGAAUCUUCAGGAUUUGGGUUUUAAUGGCUACCCAUAUACUUGGAGCAAUAAAAGAGAGGAUAACACAGAAGUUGAAGAAAGACUUGACAAGGGACUAAGCAAUGAAAAAUGGAUUGAUCUAUUCCCAAAAUCAACAAUCCAUCGUCUCAUUGCUAAGGGCUCUGAUCAUGGUCCCGUAAUCUUAAAAACGAUCCCAAGUUGGAAAGAUGGAGCCUACCCUUUUAAAUGGAACAGAACAACUUUUGGUAAAAUCCAACAUAAUAUAGCUAAAACAAAAAGAGACAUUGACUUUGUGGCUAAUAAUCCCAACAGAUGCCAUACAACCAUUAUGAGAAUGGAAAAUUCUCUCCACAAAUGGCAAAGCAUAGAGGAAAAUUACUUGAAAACAAAGAGUAGAAACAAUGUGAUAAAUCUUGGUGACAGCAAUACCUCUUUUUUCCAUGAUGCUGCUAGAACAAGAUAUAGGAGGAACAUAAUUGAUACUCUCCAAGAUUCCAAUGGUAGCUGGUUGACUGAUAAAGAUUUCAUAUCAAACUGUCUUACCAAUCAUUUCAAAAGUAUAGCCACAUCAACUACUCCUCAGAUGGACUUGAAAAUCUUAAACCUUAUUCCUCAAUCCAUAUCUCCUAGAGACAGUACUCUUUUUCUAGAAGCCCCUAAUGCUGCUGAAAUCAAGACUUGA